CCAAGCCGUGCCCGAGAGCAGGGCGGUGACGCGGGGUCGAUCGUUUCCAGCUUCUCCCCACCCCGUCCCUGGAGAGGGGAGGAGUGAGAGUGAGAGUGAGAGGUUGAGGUUGCUGGAAAGGGGCGUCUGUCCCCUUCCAGUCUUUUCUGGUGCUUCCUUUCGAAGUGUGGCCCGGUCAGCCAGAGUAGUAGAACGAAACCAGUGGUUACAAGUGAACUGGUCCAGGCUACUGGAAGCAACAUCCAGGAUGGCAGAAUGGAAUGAAGACGUGGUGAUUGCUGCAUGUAGUCAGAGUUUGCUAGCUAAGCCCUGAUGUGAAUGCUGAUCAGCUGAAUAUCGGAUGACAUGUCAGCUCCUGAUGACAAAUCCCUGUUGAAGGAAUAGGGGCUACUGCCCAUGUGGGAGAACGUCCCACUGAUCCUGCCAUGGAGUCUGAGACCACAGCAACAACCAUUUUGGCUUCAGUUAAAGAACAGGAGCUCCAGUUUGAAAGGCUUACAAGAGAGCUUGAGUUGGAACGGCAGAUUGUUGCAAAUCAGCUAGAAAAAUGCAAGCUGGGAACUGAAUCACCAAGUGCUGCCAGUAUCAGCUCAACUGAAAAGUCCUUCCACUGGAGACAGACAGAUGACCCAAUAGGAGGAAUUAAUAGACGCAGAGUUACUGAAAACAUUCAACCCCAAUCCUUUAGUGUUGAAGCAGGCUGUGAAAAGUUACCAACUCCUGCACCUGAGCAAACUUCUCUUCAUGAAAGUGAGGGAUCUAUUGGAAACUCACGAAGCUCCACACAAAUGAAUUCCUAUUCUGAUAGUGGUUACCAGGAGACUGCAGGCAGUUAUUAUAGCAGCCAGAACUUGAUCAAGCCUAACACAAGAAACCUACAAGAAUCUGUUCAGAGCAGCACCAACAGUAAUCACCUGGUGCGAAAUUCAAGGCCAGAGGGACAGUCUGUUGGCCAGGGUCCAAUGAAUGUUGCUGUUACAACCAGUAGGGCAAUGAGAAGAGUUAGUUCAGUUCCAUCUCGAACACAAUCACCAGCUUAUGGUACUGGAAUGUCACCGUCGAGGGGAUCCCUGAGAACAUCACUUGGGAGUGCUUAUGGGUCACCAGCAUCAACUGAACCUCGGUCCAAUAAUUCUGCAGUUUAUUUGUCCUCUACAAUGCCAGCUCAGAGAGCAGGCUCUCCACACGCUCCACAGAGAACUGCAUCACCAGCUACAGUUAGACGAAUUGGUUCAGUUACAAGACAACCCACUAACUCCAGCAGAGCCACCUCUCCUUUCCAAACUUUAGGUUCUUCGUUGAGACUGGGUUCACCUCUCUCUUUGGCAAAUGCACAAACAAGAAUAAAUUCUCCACCCCAAGCUCAAACCGGAUCAUCAUCUCCUGCACGGUCUACUAUGACCGCUGUUCCUCAGCGUAUGGCAGCACCGCUGCAAAGAUCUCAUGCCAUUGAUGCUGAUUUUUAUUGUCUGCAGUCACCAGAAAUCUAUGAGAGGAUGGUUCCACCACGACCAGACAGCCUUGCAGGAUUGCGUAGUUCAUACGCCAGUCAACACAGUCAGUUGGGACAUGAGUUGCGUUCUACCAUGUCUCCUGAUUUGCAUAUUACUCCAAUCUAUGAAGGAAGAACACUCCAAAGCCCGGCUUAUCGCAGUCCCAGUCAUGCAGGUGUGGAACUUCUUCAUGGCAAUCAAACUGCAGUGUUUCGUACAGGCUCAGCUAUUGGAAACCUACAGAGAUCAGCCAGUCAACGUAGCACUGUGACUUACCAAAGAAAUAAUUUUGCUCUAAAUUCAGUGGGCAAUUACGGUGAUCCAUACAGAGUUCCAUAUCGACCACCCGAAUCUACCUAUUCCAGACAUCAUUACAGCAUUCCAGCAGAUGAGACUACAACAAGAUCUCCAUCAAUUGACAGUAUCCAGAAGGAUCCAAGGGAAUUUGCUUGGCGUGACCCAGAAUUACCAGAAGUGAUUCAUAUGCUCCAGCACCAGUUUCCAUCGGUUCAAGCAAAUGCAGCAGCCUACUUGCAGCACCUCUGUUUUGGUGAUAACAAGGUGAAAACGGAGGUCUGUAUGUUAGGUGGAAUUAAACAUUUAGUUGAUCUUCUGGAUCAUAAAGUCCUCGAAGUACAUAAAAAUGCAUGUGGUGCACUUCGGAACCUGGUUUAUGGAAGAACAACUGAUGAGAAUAAAAUAGCCGUAAAAAAUGCCGGCGGAAUCCCAGCUUUAUUGCGUUUGUUACGAAAAACAGUGGACGCAGAAAUGCGGGAACUCAUUACUGGAGUUCUCUGGAAUUUGUCUUCAUGUGAUGCAGUGAAGAUGCCAAUUAUUCGUGAUGCUCUAACAACUCUCACAAAUAGUGUCGUGAUACCUCAUUCAGGGUGGAGCAGCUCUUCUUUUGAUGAAGACAGAAAAGUGAAGUUCCAUGCUUCUUUAGUACUGCGAAAUACUACUGGAUGUCUAAGAAAUCUUAGCUCUGCAGGUGAAGAGGCUCGAAAGAAGAUCCGAUCUUGUGAGGGAUUGGUGGAUUCAUUACUAUAUGUGAUCCAGAUGUGCGUUAAUGCUGCAGAUUACGAUAGCAAGACUGUUGAAAACUGUGUUUGCAUCUUGAGAAACCUGUCCUAUCGCUUAGAGUUAGAGGUUCCACAAGCUCGUCUGAUGGGAACAAGUGAACUUGAUGGAUUACUUGGUAGUGACUCUCCCAAUAAAGAUGCUGAAACUGGUUGCUGGGGUAAGAAGAAGAAAAAGAAAAAGAAAGAGCCCCAGGAAGAUCAGUGGGAUGGAGUAGGUCCAAUACCCGGAUUUUCUAAAUCCCCAAAAGGAGUUGAAAUGUUGUGGCAUCCGUCAAUAGUGAAACCAUAUCUCACUCUCCUUGCUGAAAGUUCAAACCCAGCCACAUUGGAAGGAUCCGCUGGAUCUCUACAGAAUUUAUCAGCAGGAAACUGGAAGUGGGCAGCAUACAUACGAGCUGCAGUCAGAAAAGAGAAAGGCCUUCCGAUUCUUGUGGAACUUCUGAGAAUGGACAAUGAUCGGGUUGUUUGCUCUGUUGCUACUGCAUUGAGGAACAUGGCCCUUGAUGUUCGAAACAAAGAACUAAUAGGCAAGUAUGCAAUGCGGGAUCUUGUGCAUCGUCUUCCAGGAGGUUCAACACUAAUAAUGCUUUCUGAUGACACUGUUGCUGCUGUUUGUUGUGCUUUACAUGAGGUUACUAUUAAGAAUAUGGAAAAUGCAAAAGCUUUAGCCGAUGCUGGAGGAGUCGAGAAACUUGUAAAUAUUACAAGGGGGAAGGGUGAAAGGUAUUCCCUGAAAGUAGUUAAAGCAGCAGCUCAAGUUUUAAACACAUUAUGGCAAUAUCGUGACCUUCGCAGCAUUUACAAAAAGGAUGGUUGGAAUCAAAGCCAUUUCAUUACACCAAUUUCUACUCUGGAACGUGACAGACACAAAAUCUCUACAUCCCACCCAUCCUUAUCAACAAACAAUCAGAAUAUGUCACCUGUUCUUCAUUCUGUGGCGAGCACAACCUCUUCACCAGCACUCUUGGGAAUUAAGGAUCAACGCUCCAACUAUGAAAAGACAAAGACAUCUAUGCAAUAUUACAACAGCCCUGGAGACAAUAUGACACAUACAAAUUUAACUAUAGGUUCCAGUAAACCAUCACCUAUUUACAUAGGUUCCUAUUCUUCACCAGCUAGAGAGGAAUCUAGACGACUUCAUCAUCCACAGAUGUACUAUGGCCAAGAAGAAUCAAUCAGAAGAAAUUAUGAUGCAUAUAGAUUGUAUAUGCAGUCUCCACACUGUUAUGAUGACCCCUAUUUCGAUGACCAAAUUCAUUAUCCAACAGCCACUGAUUAUACAUCACAACAUGGACUAAAAACAUCAACUAAUUAUGUGGAUUUAUAUUCUGCUACACGGCCAUCUUACAGAGCAGACCAAUACCCAGGAUCCCCAGAUUCCUGGGUUUAACACUUGAAAAAAUAAAAGAACAAUGUCUUGUUGCUCUGUUUCUGAUUAUAAGUGAUCAUUGAUGUAAGACAUUUCUAGUGGAGACAAUGUGAAUGUAACUUUUAGGAAGGAAUUCAGGAUGUGUUUUUUAACAAGGAAAUCAUGGAAGCAAAUGCAAAGGAAGAUUGAUGGGAGAGUCUUUAACUCUGUAUAGAUGUUAGAUUUCGUAUGUGUAACUCUUGUAGUUUGGUGGAGGUGUAGGCCAUGUGAUGAAAGGUUUGCGGUGGAAGAAAAUAAUUGGAGAAGGUGCGGGCCAAAUAAAAUGUGAAACUUCUGUGAAUAGUCUCACUCUGGUUUGUACAGACAUUUUAAAUAUAUACACUGUUUUGUUUAACUAAAAUAAUGAGCCUUCAAAUUAUGUAUUACAUUUCCCCUUGUAAAUUUGCUUUCUUUGGUGUAAAUAUGGAAAUGCCAUAUGAACAAGGGUAGCUGUUAUUUCAGAAAGCAGUGUCUUAUAUUGAAAUUAAAUUUAAAAAUCUAAGUGUCAUACAAGAGAUAAAAUAUUCUAAAUGAAAAUAUGUCACAUUUUGUUUUAAAGGAGUUUUGUAAUUUCAAAGAACAUGCUUUUCCCAGUGAACUGGAUACUUAUUUUUCCAUUCCCAUUCUGUGGCUAGUUUCACUGCCAUUUGCGAUAUGCAUUUAUAAAUAAAUGUGAUCAUUUCAUUCA